AUGUAUUCUUUGUUCAAAUUUCAAUUUAGAGUGCUUCAAAGAGAUUAUUUUCCGGGAAGCGAAGAUCGUAUUAACCUUCAAGCCACCCUGCAUGAACUGAAGUCAAAAGCUCCGUUUGAAAUUCCUGUUCUCGUUAAUGGUGAAAAAAUUUAUACUGGUCGAACUGCUGAACAGAGAGUUCCAUCUGAUCAUAAAACCGUGCUAGCAAAAUUUCAUGAAGCUGAUCCUUCAAUUAUAGAAAAAGCUAUUAAAGGAGCCUUAGCUAUGAAACCCAUAUUGGAAUCCUAUUCUUUAAGUGAUAGAUCUGCUAUCUUUUUAAAAGCUGCAGAUCUAGCUGCUGGAAAAUAUAGACGUAAACUUUUGGCCGCCACGAUGUUAGGUCAAGGAAAGAAUACUUUACAGGCUGAGGCUGAUGCUGCAGCAGAAUUAAUAGACUUUUGGAGAUUCAAUUGUAAAUUUGCUCACGAAAUCUACCAACAACAACCGCCUAAAAAUUCAAUAGGUGUUUGGAAUCGUUUAGAAUAUCGACCUUUAGAAGGUUUUAUUUAUGCAAUUUCACCUUUUAAUUUCACUGCUAUUGGUGGUAAUUUGCCAAGCGUACCGGCUUUAAUGGGCAAUGUUAUACUUUGGAAACCUUCGCCAUAUGCUAUAUUUUCAAAUUGGAUUAUUAUGGAAAUCUUAAAAGAAGCUGGUUUGCCUGAUGGGGUGAUUCAAUUUAUUCCUGGUGAUGCUGAAGAAAUUACUGAAAAAAUUUUAAGAUCUCCAUAUUUUCAUUACAUUUUGUUGGAUCAACCUUUGAUUGUAGGUGAAACUGGUGGCAAAAAUUUUCAUGUAAUUCAUAAAUCUGCUGAUGUUAAAAAUGCCGUGAACCAGACAAUUCGCGGAGCUUUUGAAUAUCAAGGUCAAAAAUGUUCUGCUUGUUCUCGAGCUUAUAUUCCAGAUGCUUUAUGGGACAAUUUUCGUGAAAUGUUUUUAAAUGAAAUUUCAAAAAACGCUGUAUCUUUUGAAAAAAUUAAAGGCCAUAUUGAAUGGGCAAAAAAUGACAAGGAUAGCGAAAUUAUUGCUGGUGGAACUUACGAUAAUUCGAAAGGAUAUAAGGCAGAUGAAUAUGAGCAAAUACUAGAUAUGGUUAAUGAAACGUCGCCGUAUGCUUUAACUGGAUCAAUAUUUGCUAAAGAUCGUUCUGCUAUUAUGCUUGGCGAAACCAAAUUAAGACACGCAUCUGGCAACUUUUAUAUCAAUGACAAGUCUACUGGAGCAAUUGUUGGCCAACAACCAUUUGGUGGUUCACGCGUUUCCAGAACUAAUGAUAAAAUUGGAAGUUCUUCAUUGAAAACUUUAUCGAUAUUGAAAAAUUUAGCUAUCCAUCAAAUUUGA